CGCACGUAGCCCAAGUUGAGUAGUAAGUUUGACUGUCCUGUUCGUAUUAGUCUUGUCAUCCUGUGAAGAGCGCUUGACUUUGAUUUUGCCCUAAUUGCAGCCCUCUGGACAAGAGGAAGCCACAAUGUCGGUUCAAGCGAGAGGAAAGGGAGGAAAUUUGAAUCCGAGGGGGGGUUUAUACUAUUCUGGUUCCUUCCGCUUUGGGUGUUGGUGAACAUUGGAACGUUGGAAGUCAUGAUUGGAGAUGUGCUCUUGACGACGGGCCCGUUCUUUCUGGCAUGUUAUUUAUUACUGUGUAGGGUUGUGCCACUGCGAAUUUCAAGGUGUUUGACAUCAAAUUUUCUCAUUCUUUUUGCAUGGGUGGUUGCAGGGCGGCCACUGGACGACAAGCAGCAGGGAUCGGCAAGCCACACAAGUCAAUGGACGGCUGAACCCCUUCGUGGCUCGCAAUGUUUGGUGCGGCCGUCCUCCCCCGCCCAAUCGAGAGCGACACGCGAGCCCGACCGCGCCCGUGCUCGGCGCCUGAGUGGUCGUUAUCUCUCAGACAGUCUCCACAACCUCUGCUGUGCAGCACGCUCAGGCAAGCCAUCAGCAUGGAAAUAUCGUAAAUGUGCAGAUGCCAGACUGGCGGAUGGGUGACGAAGGAGCGCCAGCCGCCGAUAUAGAGAUCAGAGACUGCGUGCAUGGCCUGAUGUGGCCUUUUCUCUUCUUCGUUCGUUUGAACGCCCGUC